CAGAGCGGGGAACGAGCAUGCGCAGAAGCGAACAGUGAGGACAAACCACCAAAAGCAGCGGAGGGUCCACUGAACUUAACAUAGCGUUGAUUGAAUUUUAUUUUGGUGGCUAUCUUCAAUAGUACAUUAUUUUUGAACUGGUCUAGCAUCAGAUAUGGCCCGUGGGCACCAGAAGAUCCAGUCCCAGCAGAAGAAUGCCAAAAAGCAGGCAGACAUCAAGAAGAGCAAAGGCCAUGACCAGAAGGCAGCAGCAAAGGCUGCUUUAGUAUACACAUGCACUGUGUGUCGGACACAAAUGCCCGACCCGAAGACCUUUAAGCAGCACUUUGAAAGCAAACAUCCAAAGUCCCCGAUGCCCCCGGAGUUGGUCGGUGUGGAGGCAUAAUAGAUUCACCUCUCUUUCAGUAAGACCUUUUGUGGCUGAUUUCAGGACAGGCUUCUACAUUUUGCAAUGAGUUAGAUAAAUGAUCAGUCCAACUUCAGUUAUUCCCCCAAUGCUGCUUAAUUUAGAUAAAUGAGUGUUUUAUGCAGGGCAGUUACUGGCCUGCAUGCCCAUGGUCUUUUUGCUAAUUUGAAUUUUUUUACAAAAAUAUCCUCGCUUACCAGACUUGAAGACACUGCAGAAAGCUACCCUCUCUUGGCUUGUGCCAAAAUGUAUAUGUUUUAUCUCUUGAUUGUAUGCAAUAUUUCUACCUGAUCAUUUCAAAAUGUUAUGCUCACAAGACUAGCUUGUCCAUGGGCUCUACUACCAUCACACCAUCUCAGGGCUCCCUCACUGUCAGGACAAGCUUUGAAUUUAGAAGAAAAUGUGAAUUUGGCACUGGCUCAGCUGAACAAAGUCAUAAUACUGAGAUGAUAAUUGGAAGUCAUCUGCAUCUUAAUCCAAUGUACUGUGAAAUCCAUUAUGGAUUUUUGACUGAAAUUAAUUUGUAAUGUGUUUAUAAAUAUGGCUUACUCAGAUGGAUUUUGGAGUUCAUAGUGUGCUUGGAAAGACGCUUAUUCAAAACCACUAAUACUUUUUUUUUUUUUUAGUAGAUUCAGUUUUACUUCCAGUCUACUGAUUUUUUUUUUUUAAUUUCAUCGAGAGUCUGUACUUACUUUUUUGAUAUAAAGAUUAUAUUUAACACAUUGUGAUACAUGAAAUUUGUUUAGUUCAUGUUGACUGUAACUUUCUUAUGUGAAGCAGAGAAGUAAAAGUUGACCAGAGAGGGCACUGUCUGUCUACUCAUAGCAAACACUUUCAUGACGCAACCUCCUCAACUCGUAUGACUGCAUAACACAUUUCUAAUAUCUUCUUCCUUGUUAGAAGUGCUCUGUUGAGUAAGGGUGGGUGAAGAUACAAGUUUGCACUGGUUGUUCGACAUGAAAACACAAAAUCUACUCCUGUCCUCCCACUUUGUCACUGUAACAAGUCUAUGGCAUAAUGGUGUGCACCACUGUAGUAUUUGCUCAUGAUUUAGCUCAUCACUAUUAUAUUUUUGCAAUGUAACCUGUCAUCUCAAGGCCAUAUGUGUAAACAAACCCAAGUGCAGUCUCACGCUGUUUCAUGUUAUCAUGACGGUGCAAGGUAUUUUGACUCUGAACCUACGUUGAAAGUCCACAUUACACUGUAAGUUAGCUUUUUAUAUUAGUUUAUUUUUCCUAGCAUGCUAACAGACAGAGAUUUAAUUUAUAAAAAGGAACUAUUUUCAAUACAUGUAGACCUACUGUUCAUUAACCACUGACAUCGUAUCACUGUGCUAAAGUCUGGACUGACUACCAGGCAUGUUUUUACUUUUGUAAUAAUCAUAUCUUUGUCCAAACAAUGUUAUGUAUACCCUUUUAAUAAAGGUGUCACUUUUA